AUGUCUCUAGUAAUCCCUGUGGAAUUUCAGCACAUUUCGCGAUUCUUCAACACGAAUAUCGAUGGGCGGCGCAAAACAGCCUUUACCAUCUCUGCCAUUAAGAGUGUGGAACGUAGGUAUGCCCACGUGGUGCUGGCAAAAGCAGACACUGACCUCACCAAGGGAGCAGAAGUACUCACUGAGGAUGAGGUGGAGCGGGUGAUCACCAUCAUGCAGAAUCCCAGACAGUACAAGAUCCCCAAGUGGUUCUUGAACAGACAGAAGGAUGUGACGGAUGGCAAAUACAGUCAGGUUCUGGCCAACGGUCUGGAUAACAAGCUCCAUGAGGACCUGGAGCGGCUGAAGAAGAUCCAGGCGCAUAGAGGGCUGUACCACUUUUGAGGCC